CUGAGUGGAGGAACACAACACCAACACCCUAUCAGCAAACAACUUCUCCAUCUAACUGUCCCUUAGUCCCGAACAUCACACCGCGAAUAUGGCUACUCACUUCCCCUCCAUCGAAGAGUUCGACGAUGGCCAGCUCGAACCCGUCCUUCUCCCCGGCGCGACCACUCUCGAUCUCGGCCUCGACAGCGAUCCAGCCGCCGACUUCCUCUCCCGCGAGAAGGCCACUCUCGGCGCUGACGCGGACCUGUUCGCUACCGAAGAUGACAACAAUCUUCUCGGCGGUGGAGACUCCGUCCCUACAGCUUUCGAGAGCAGCUUCCCGAGUUUGGACCAUGAGACCGAUGGACCUGGUGGAACCAUCACCGGCGGAGAGGAACCUUACAUGCCCGGCCACAACACGUACACAGGGAUGAGCACGGAGGUUGAUGAGGAGCCCGAGGUCGUCAAACAAUGGCGCGAGCGUCAAGCUCUCGAGAUCCAGCGACGCGACGAGCUCUCGGAGACACGGAAGCUGGAGACAAUCGCAAAGGCGCAGCAGAACAUCGACGACUUCUACGAGAACUACAAUUCGAAGCGCGAUAAAGCUGUGGAGGAUACUCGUCGCGAGGCACAGGAAUUCCUGGACUCCCGCGAGAACACGGUCGCCGGCGGCACCGCCUGGGAGCGUAUCGCCAAGCUGGUGGAUAUGUCCGACAAGGCUGUGCGCUCCGGACGGAGUGACAAGACUGCGUUCCGCGCCAUGCUCAUGAGCUUAAGGAAGGACGAGAAGGCACCCGGUUCUAGCGGAUAUUAAUGAUGCUGUAAUGGGAGUUUUGCUAGAAUUGUGAAUGUCUCUGGUUUUCUCUGUUUCAAUCUGUCACCUUUCCUUGAACAAAACCGGCGUGUUGGGUGGGGAAGGGUGGUGUUGCGUUCUGCUAUUAGAAAUCGUGGGUUGUGGGCACGAAUCACACGAUAUUACCUGCAUUGACUAUGUCCCGAGUUGCGAAUGUCGAUUUCGUGGGUCCUUACUGUUCAGCGGCCGCGAUUACGCUCGUAUCCGUGCUCUACUGAUCGCCAAUGGUUGGA